AUGCGCAUCUGCCUCGAUCGCAUCCUCCUCCUCCUCUUCCUCGCCCUCACCCCCGCCAACGCCGUCGGCCUGUCAUGUAUCAAAGUCGCAUCCGCACUCGUCGGCCGACCAAGCCACCUAUUCAACCUCUUCCAGACCGAAAUCUGUGAACGGGGCUGUCAACCGACCGUCCCCCACUGGGACCUCUGGACUCGCAACAACAGCUUUGUCCCCGCGGUGCGCAGCAUGAUGAAGCGCAUGAACGUCCCCCACAAAGAAGAGGCAUUGCUCAAGAUGGGCGACGAUGUCGCGACUAUCAUCAAAGAUCAAUGCGGGCCGAUGCUGGGGGGACGACACAUUUGCUCUGAUCCGGUGACGCUGGCGGAUUUUGGCAACUGCUUUAAGCGCUACUUCUUUAAGGCGUCUAUUAAGCAUAUCCCCAUUCUACUGCCGAUGGCUUCGGAUGCGGCGUGCAAGGAGCAAUAUCAGUAUUUACAGGGGGAUGAGUUGUGGGAUGUGACUAUUCCGAAUAACAUGCGCGAGUAUGCGAGCGUGUGCAAUCAGUUGGAAUCCAAGUCAAUGCCGAGGCAGGAGGAGAUACAGAAGGAGAAGGUACUGGAGGAAGAGGUGAAACAUGAGGAAUUGUAA